AUGUCUCGACCACAAUCUCGCUCAGGGGUCAGGGAGAUUGGGCGUUCUGCGGCCGAAGACGGGCAAAACCGUGGUGGUUCCGAUUAUACCAACGACAAACCACGGUCGUUUCAACACGUGGCUCCAAGACCUCCGUCUUUGAUCCAAAACCUCGAAACACAAGAUCUUGCUGCUAAUCCUCCCUCCCUAAACGAUGUGAAUCCUCAUCAAUCGAGUUCAGGUACUGAACAUUUGAAAGUUCGGGAUGGAUCCAUGACUAAGCCGCCGCCGUCAGCCAGAGCACUGACUCAUGGUAACAAAAAACUAAUUGUUGGUAACUUCUCGAUGUGA